AUGGACGCCUUUCUGGUUCACGAUAAUGAAAUAAGGGUUAUUUUGAUGACAAAAUGUGAAAAUUCUCCAAAAAUAAUGCUCGGGUAUGGAAGCGGCCAAACGAGUUCCUUAAAGCUGCGGUUGCUGCAAGCGUGCCCUGUCAGCCAUCUACCAAAGUGCACGAUGGCCGGAAAAUUUGGAAUAGCAAAAGGUUUUAACUUGCGUUCUAUAAUGAAGGUUUUGAAUGGCAAAGAGCCGCUACAGGUUUUCCGCAAACACCAGCCUAAUGUAAAAAUAUUGCUCAAUCUGAUCGACUCAAGGAUAAAGAAAGCCGAAAAGCCAAAAAAUAAUCUGACUGUGUGUUCCCCUCCAGUUGUACAUCUCGCCGACUGGACUCUUUUGCCAAAAUACUUUGAGGCUGGUUUAGAAUCGCAACGUGAUGUUUCGAAUAUCAAUAUUUCCAUUUUUUUUGCUUUUAUAGUUGUUAUAUCACAGAGUUGGAUUGAGCACGGCGCAACAAUGUUCUAUAUUUACCACCACAGUAUGUCAAAAGAAUUUAACGCUUUCCUGAAAAUUUACGAAAAUGAUCUAACUAUCUCGGUUAAAAGGGUGCACUGGAGCGUCCUCCCAGUGUCAAACGAGAUCCCAGGAUCAAGCAACCCAAAUAAUUUCAUCAUGCGAAAUGAAGUGCAUUCAUUAUUCUGCAUUAUAAGACUUACUUUAUUCUCUUUCUAUUUUCUCAGUUGGAAAUGCCAAAUUUUGGCUUGGAAUGACUGCGUGCUUCGGAGUAGAGGCAGAACCCGAUACUUAGCUUUAGCAGACUUUGACGAAAAUUUUGUUGUGUUUACUAAUCAAACGUUGCUGUCGAUUAUUGAUGACGUUCUAAAGGAAAAGCCGACCGUCGGAUGUUUUAUGUUUUUAAACUCUUUUGCAUCUUUUCAGGUUUUUUUUUACGAACAAUUACAUAAACUUCCUGCUCAUUAUUUCCAAGGCUGGUGA